AUGAUCGGCCAAGGGCCCAUCACCCCUCCUAUCUCUCCAGGUCACAGCAAAGAUGAUGCCGCAAAUGCGAUGGCCUUGGAUAAAGCAGAACCCACGAAUUAUCCGCCAGAACAAGUUCAACGCCCUUCUUUUACCGUCAACACCUCCAUGUGGCAGCAGCCAUUGGUUCCUGUGGUAGCUCCACAACCUAGGUCACCAGCAAGGACACCCGCCAGGUUAUUGGAGGAUGAAGCAGUUCACGUAGAAAAACGUGGCGUGCUUAGGCUGCUCGACUUCGAGGUCAAAGGCGCUCUUGGCACUGGUACUUUUGGGAGAGUCCUCCUAGUUCGCCUCAAAACAGCGACUCCAGGAUCUCAAAAUAUCUUUGCUAUGAAAGUCUUGCGCAAAACCGAAAUUGUCCGCCUCCGCCAGGUUGAGCACGUCAAUGCAGAGCGGUAUAUUCUAUCACGUGUGCGGCAUCCAUUCGUAGUGGACCUGUUUGCAACCUUCCAAGACAGUCUCAACAUUUACAUGUUGAUGUCUUAUGUUCCUGGCGGUGAACUAUUCACCCAUCUCCGACGGGCGGGCCGUUUCACUCCCGACGUCACCCGAUUCUAUCUCGCUAACAUUAUCCUCGCACUCCAGUAUUUACACUCCUUUAACAUCAUAUAUCGUGAUCUCAAGCCCGAAAAUCUACUUUUGGACUCUCGAGGCUAUCUACGACUCACCGACUUUGGCUUUGCGAAGAUCGUCGAUGACCGUACCUGGACCCUUUGUGGCACGCCCGAGUAUCUUGCCCCAGAAAUCAUCCAGUCAGACGGUCACGGAAAAGCCGCGGACUGGUGGGCGUGCGGUGUCUUGUGCUACGAGAUGCUGGUCGGCUAUCCUCCAUUCUUCGAUGAAACCGCGUACGGCAUCUACGAGAAAAUUCUACGAGGCAAUAUUCAUUGGCCUCGCACCAUGGAUCGGCUCUCUAAAGAGCUGAUCAGAGCGUUCUUGCAUCCUGACCGAACCAAGCGUCUUGGAAAUAUGAUUGGUGGACCGCAAGAUAUCUUGCAUCAUCCUUGGUUCCGUGGAGUUGAUUGGGAAGCGUUGGAGCGAUGUGAAAUCAAGGCGCCGAUCAUCCCACACACGACGUCACUGGAUGACACUCGUCAUUUCUUGAACCUUCCUCAUCCGACGCUCGAAGACAUGCCCGGUCUCGUUAUGGAAGAACCCCCUCUUCCGCUCCAUCGGCGCUUUGAACCUAUAACAUACCAGUUCCUUGAAUUCUAA